CCAGAGCCGACGGCCUAUUCCUGACUGUUUGGCGGUGCACACGUCGGGUCUCCGUCUGCACUCGUGCUGCCGCCGAGCGUGCUCUUGCCCUGUGAUCCAGUCGCGCAGACACGCGACAAGGAGGGUGGCACACGACCAUGCGCUUCUCGAGCUGGGCGGUGCUGCUAGGGGCGGCCGCCCGGGCCGUCGCCGGCUUCGACGAUGAGGACGAGGAAGUGCCCCGAGAACCCACAUAUUUCAAUGGGAAGAAGGUCCCACCAAUGCUCGGGCUGACGCCCGACAACUGGGAGAAGGAAUAUAAGGCCUCCAAAUACUUGCUGGUCAAGCAUUACAGCCCGUACUGCCCGCAUUGUAUGGAUUUUGCGCCGACGUUUCAAACGUUGUACGAGUUCUACUACACGUCAUCGCCGGCCGGCGACGCGCCGAAAAACGCCGACUUCACCAGUUUCUACGACUUCCGCUUCGCCGACAUCAACUGCGUCGCGUACAACGACCUGUGCGCCCAGCAUAAAGUGACAUCAUGGCCGACCACCAUCCUGUACGAGAACGGCGAGCCGAUUGUGACUCUCAAGGGCGUCAAGAGCAUGGGCGUCCUGAGCAGCGCGGUGGAGGAAGUGCUGGAGAAGGCUAAGCCGGGCACGCGGCCUGCCAAGAUCGAGCUGCCUCAGCCGGGCGACCAGACAUCUCCCGAGUCGAAUGGCGCCUCUGAAGCGAAGGCAUCACCAGGCGAGAAGGACAAGUCGUCGCAAGAGGGAACACGCGAUACGACCGCCAAGACCGACUUGAAGCGAAAGGAAUCUUCGACCAUGGAUGAGCAAACCAAGAAAGGGGCUGAUUGGGUCCCUCCCGACUUCGAACCUCCCGUUCCGAAGGUCGUGAAGCCGAAGGCGACUCCGAACCCCAACGGCAUCUCCGUACCCCUCACGGCCGAAAGUUUUCAGACCCUGGUGACCGCGACGCAAGAGCCCUGGUUCAUCAAGUUCUAUGCCCCGUGGUGCCAUCACUGCCAGAAGAUGGCGCCGAACUGGGAGCAACUGGCCAAGGAGAUGAAGGGUCGGCUCAACAUCGGCGAGGUGAACUGCGAUGCGCAAUCUCGGCUCUGCAAGGACUUCAACGUUCGUGGCUACCCGACCAUCCUGUUCUUCAAGGGCGGCGAGCGUGUCGAGUACCAGGGUCUCCGUGGCCUGGGCGACUUUAUCCAGUAUGCCGAGAAGGCGGUAGAGCUGUCGAACGGGAUCCAGGAUGUCGACGCGGAAUCCUUCGAGGCUCUCGAGCAAAAGGAAGAGGUCAUCUUCCUCUACUUCUACGACCACGCCACCACGAGCGAGGACUUCUUGGCGCUUGAGCGCCUGCCUCUCAGCCUGAUCGGCCGCGCGAAGCUGGUCCGGACCCGGGACCCCAAGCUGUACGACCGGUUCAAGAUCACUACGUGGCCCCGCCUGCUAGUCUCGCGCGAGGGCCGGCCAACGUAUUACACGCCGCUCUCUCCCAGGGAGAUGCGGGACCACAACCUGGUGCUGAACUGGAUGAAAUCGGUCUGGCUGCCGCUCGUGCCGGAGCUCAGCGCGACCAACGCGCGCGAGAUCAUGGACGGCAAGAUCGUCGUGCUCGGUAUUCUGAACCGGGAAGAUCAGGACGCCUUCCAGAGCGCCAUCCGGGAGAUGAAGAGCGCCGCGAACGAGUGGAUGGACAAGCAGAUCCAGCUGUUCCAGCUGGAGCGCCAGGAGCUGCGCGACGCCAAGCAGCUUCGCAUCGAGGAGGCCGAGGACCGCGGCGACGAGCGAGCCCUCCGGAACGCCAAGAACAUCAGGAUCAACAUGGACCGGUCCGACCGCAAGGAGGUUACGUUUGCGUGGGUCGACGCCGUUUUCUGGCAGCGAUGGAUCCGCACCACGUACGGCAUCGAUUCCACGGCAGGGGACCGAGUCAUCAUCAACGACGAGGAUAACCGGCGCUACUGGGACCAGACCAGCACGGGCAACAACAUCGUCCCGUCGCGCACCUCCAUCCUCGAGACCGUCAACAAGGUCACGGCCAACCCGCCCAAGAUCAAGCCCAAGUUCACCAUCGGCUUCAUCGAGAAGAUCUUCUUCGACAUCAAGACCACCUUCCGGGAGCACCCCUACCUCAGCUCCGGCUGCGUCCUCGGCAUCGCCUUCGGCUGCCUCUCCUGGUUCCGCGGCGGCCUGGCCUCGCUGUUCCGCCGCCUGCUGCCCUGUCUCCUCGGCCUGCUGUCCUACCUCCGCGGCCUGCUGCCCUGGCUCCGCGGCGCCCUCGCCCUCGUGCCCUGGCUCCGCGCCAGGCUGUCCAGGCGCAGGAAGGGCCACUUCAGGCUGGAGGAUCCGCCGGCUAGGGACUAUAAGGCGCCGCUUCUCGGCGCGUUUGCCAAUGGCGGCGGGGGCGGCGCAGGGAAGAAAGAUUGAGAGGGGGCUUGGAGUUUUCGGUUCCUGGAGGGCUUGGCUUUGGGCGGUGGUGGGUUUUCCGUAUAAAGCUGGGAUUUGUCUACGUGUGUGCACGCGCGUGUGUGUAUAAUGCUACG